AUGGCGACGCCAACAUUGUGGAUACUUCCUGAGGGCCAUAAGAGUCCUUUUAAAUAUUCUAAAGAAUAUAUACAAGCUGACAGUGACUUAGUCGAUCUUCGAAGUAGUUUAUGUCAACAUCAAAAAUUUCUCAAAGACGUUGAGCCGAGUAACAUCGAGUUCUUCUCCUAUGACAACCGCAACGAGUCUCUUAGCGAAGGCAUGCUUCUUAAGGACCUGACCACUACUGCUACUACACCUCUUAUUAUUCGCUAUCCAGUGUCAAACUCUAAUGUUGUUGUCCGCUGUAAUCUUUCCACGAAGUGGUUUAGAUGCGACUUUCCGCAUUCCUCCGGUCUAUGGUAUCUUAUUCGUGCCAGUUGCCAAGAAAAGUUUGAAAAUAUGCCACCAGACGUCCCAUAUUAUUUCAUAUACAACGAGCAAAAGGACAAUAAGGCAAGCGGUGAGAAGCUCAUCAAGACCGAGUAUCAGUUGAAUAUGGCGGUUUCAGAAAUUGAGCCUGAUGAGAAAAAUAAGCGUGAAAUCCAUUUCUCUAUUCGGAUUGAAGGCAGAAAAGCGUAUGGCGACUGGGAGUUGGCAGAAGUUCUUCAGCAGUUCCUGAAACGUCAGGGAUCGUCUUUGGCUAAUAUUGGCCAAUUUAAUAUUGCCGAACUUCCAAAUCAAGACCCUUCUAUUAGCUCCGAUGCACUCCAGGCGUUCAUCAAGGACUUGGAGCAAAAAAGGGACAACUUCCGUGUCGUCAAUGCAAACGAGAUGACUUGCAGAGAAUUCAUUUCUACGUUCAUGAACAGCGCAGUAACUCAUGUGCGAUCAGAAGAAAAUGAGCUUCAGCUUAAAGCUGAAGAAUGGCUUAGUGGAAGUCGCGGAUACGGACCCGUUGUCUACUCCGUCAAUUUAGGUGAGAUAGUUGUUUUGGUUGAAGAAGCUAAGAAAGAAAAUUUUGAGAAAGGAGUCGCUCAGAAUAUUGUACAAAUGCAUAGUGCUAUUGAGGCAUUAAACCGAAAGCGCAAAAUAGAUGAGACGGAAUCAGAGAACGUUCCAAUUAUAAUGUAUGGAAUUGUGACGAACGCUAUAGAAUGGUACUUUCUUCGAUGGGCAGGCUCGCUAAAAGAUGCAAUUAUAGAGUUUUCUGGGCCAUGUACCUGUGAUUUUUACGAUAAUUUGAAGAAUGCGAAGAAUAUUGUUGGCUAUAUCAUCUCUAUUCUCCAAUCACAAGUUCGUGGUUUGAAAAACAGUGCAGAACGUCGUACAAUUAAGCGGCGUCGUGCAAAACCCUCAGUUUCCCGCUCUGGCUCUGUUAUGGAUGAAUCCUAA